GAGGCCACAUCCUGCACGGGGCUACAUACUGCAGGCAGACAUGGAGUUGGAUGUGCAAAGGGCCAAGGAGCUCAUUGAGCAGAAGCUGGCAGAGGAAGAGAAGGAGAAGCAACUCAAAGGGGAUGGUGUGCGGGAGCCUCCGGCUGUAGAGCGGAUGAGCACACCUGAGCUGGAGGAGGAGAAACGUGGCCUCAGGAACCGAGGCCUCGAGGCUGUCAAGGGCCACGAGCGGGUGCGGAAGAGCUCAGUGGACCUGCGGCGGGAGAUCAUCGAUGUGGGAAGCAUCCAGCGCCUCAUCGAGCUCUGCAAGCAGCAUCGGCAGCGCCGCAAGGAGAGGGCAUCCACCCCUGAGCCCCCUCCACCGUCUGAGCCCCUGGAGAUUGAGGGUCCUGUAGAGCCGGAGACCUUCCUGCGAGCUGCCAUCCAGGGCAAGAUGAAUGUCAUCGAGAAGUUUCUGGCAGAUGGUGGCAACCCUGACACCUGUGACGAGUUCCACCGCACAGCCCUGCACCGCUCCUCACUGGAGGGACACACGGACAUCCUACAGAAGCUGCUGGACAGUGGGGCCACUGUCGACUUCAGGGACCGGCUGGACUGCACUGCUGUGCACUGGGCCUGUCGGGGUGGGCACCUGGAUGCCCUGAAGCUGCUGCAGGACCAUGGGGCAGACCUCAACCUGAAGGACAAGUUGCUCAGCACCCCCCUCCACGUGGCCACCAGGACUGGACACCUUGACAUUGUGGAGCACCUCCUCCACUAUGGGGUAGACAUCAACUCCCCAGACAGGGAAGGUGACACAGCACUGCAUGAUGCUACACGUCUCAGCCGGUACAAGAUCAUCAAAUUGCUGAUCCUGCAUGGAGCUGACAUGAUGGCCAAGAACCAGGCUGGCAAGACCCCAACGGACCUGGUGCAGCAGUGGCAGGUGGACACACGCCAGGCACUGGAGACCAAGGAACAGCCACAGGUGGAGAUGGAGGUCCCUGCAUGA